AUGAGUUUGGCACCAAAAAUAGACGAACUUCGUAUUUUUUUGAACACCCACGAGUUUGAUCUUUGUUGUAUAACGGAGACAUGGCUGAAAGAUUCUAUUGAUGACAGCGUAGUUGACAUUAGUGGCUACAACAUCAUACGCAAAGAUAGGACCCACAAGCUACAUGGGGGUGUGGCUCUAUAUGUAAAAGAUUCCAUCAAAUUCUCAAUUCUACGGGACUAUGAGUUUCCUGACCCCGAGGGCCCUGAGGUUUUGUGGGCCAAAAUCACGCCCAACCGAUUGCCCCGGGGUUAUAGCUGCCUUAUCAUUGGUACAGUAUACCAUCCUCCACCGCCUGCCAAAGAUGAGCCCCUCCUUGAUUACAUGAUGGAUUCUCUCUCUAGGAUAGAGAGUGAUAUCCCUGGCGCAGGUAUAAUUCUCGCUGGCGACUGGAACAGGGCAAAUGUUUCACCAGUUAUUAAGCAGUUCCGCCUCACGCAAGUCGUCCAUUUUCCAACAAGAGGGAUCGUACACUCGACAAAGUGCUAA